AUGUCUCAUGAGGCAUCAUGGCCACCGCACUCUCCUCACGCCGCCCUCCUCAGUUCGCCUAGUGGUCGCAAGAAAUAUGAAGCGAUGCAGAUAUCACCAGUGAAACGAUCGGCAACAACACCCAGCUUACUCGACCGACUCCGCGCAGCACGCAAUGACAGGAAUACCAUGGAGGUCGAUACCGAUGACGACGGCGAUGAAGAUGAUGAAGAAAUACUUCAGCUAAAACUAGCCGCAAUCGAGGCGAAGCUGAAGUUGAAGAAGCUGCAACAGAACAAAUCACGAGCGGCGACACCGGCCAGGCCAUCCUCACGCCCGGGUUCCUCACACGGUACUAUUUCAUCAAAUGUAAAUGCGAGCGCAAGGUACAGCCAAUCCCAAGAUGACCAAGAUUCGAUCGAGGUUGCCAUGUCUCCUGUAAGGCGUUUGCAACCAGAACCACAACCAAAAUCUCCUUCUCGAGUUUUGCUCGGAAUUGACAAGGGGAUACGGGCGGCAGAUGUUUCGUUGAGGCGGGCAAAUACUACCGGGGGCACCUCUCAGAGGUCCAGGAGCGCUCUAUCAAGCAAUGACAGACCAACUUCACGCUCAUCGGCUUACAACUCAGCAAGAUCUGCAACAUCGACGAGGCUAGUGGGGGAGUCCGAAACGAGAAAGCCAUUUGGCGAACGCAUAUCCGACGCGCGGAAGGCGGACAAUGAUAUAUCAUCCCGGCGGGAGGCUAAUUCUCGGAAUCGCAGCAAGGGUUUCAUCGUCGAUCACGCUGAGAUUGAGACCUAUCGAUCCUCCACCGAGCAAUCAGCUGCCACCGCUGACCAAAGGUCUACAACACGGACUGGUCACUAUGUUGAGUAUUCUAGAGAGGAUGUCCUGAACGCCGUUGGCCAGGCCGACUCAGGGGGCAGACCUCUCAAGAAGAGCCGUACCAUGCCCAAUCUUCGAGAGUCACCAUCCAGACCAACGUCCAGAGACAAGGAUGAUCCAAAUGGACCCCAAGGAGAUUCUUCACUUUACGAAGGCUUCUCACAACUGCAUCUAUCGUCUCGAAUUCUGCCACAUUCUUUUCUGAAACGUACACUGCCCACGGAUCGAUACAAAAUAUACCGAAUACCUGACCUAUUGCGAGAAGUCACUGCGCCAGGCUUCGAAUUACCAGAAGAAGUAUGUGACUAUGUGAUUUUUGGUGUCAUUGCCUCGAAAUCCGGUGCGAUGGACCACAGACAGCCUGCCCCUGACGAUAAAACAGCUAGCUCCAAAGAUUGGGAACGCAAGUGGGAAGAUGGGUCGCAGAAUCAUCGUAGAUUCAUGGCCUUCACAUUGACUGAUCUCACUUGGUCGAUCGACCUCUUUCUGUUCGGGACAGCUCUACCUCGCUACCAUCGCCUCACUCCCGGGACGGUCGUUGCAAUAUUAAACCCGGGGAUCAUGCCUCCCAAGCGAGGCAAAGAGGAUACCGGCGCAUUCAGUCUCUCCCUAAGUAUGGGCGAAGACACUGUACUCGAAAUCGGCACAGCACGAGAUCUAGGCCGCUGCAAGUCCCUCAAGAAAGACGGCAGAGAAUGCGGCAGCUGGGUCGACGCGUCCAAGACCACCAUCUGCGAAUGGCACUUGAACGCCGAGCUGGCAAAAACUCAAGCAGGUCGCAUGGGAGUCAACACAGGCUCUAAUGGCUUCGGAGCGAACGGUCUUGGGGGCAACGGACGAAAUUACUUCGGUAACGUAGCGGGUGGUCGAGGAAGAGGAAAGAAUGGCCUCAAACAAGAAGGUCAGCAGUAUGACCGCGAAACCCAGAGCCGUUUCUACAUCUCCAAGUCGAACGUUACCGGCUCGGUGCCCAAGCACGACGACUCACGCUUCACAGGCUCAAAUCCCUUCGGCGGCCAUGGUCAACUCGACCGCAAUAAAGAUGAGCGGAUCCGUAAUCAUUUUGCGCGACUGGAGCAGGAGCGUGAGAUCUCGAAGAAACUCAGCAGCGCCGCAGAGUUAGGCUUUGGCGGUGCUGGCGCUGAAUAUCUACGGCAAAAGGCUCUGACUCCCCUCCCGCAGGAACCAAAAAAGGACCGGGCCAGUAAGAGGAAGAACAAACAUGGACCGGUCUCCAUGUCUGAGGCCCCCCCAGAACACGAUAAAGCACAGCUGUCGACUCACCGGAGUGCGCUCUCAAGCCGCUCGAAUUUCAUCUUUGCGGCAGACUCGAAUGAGAAUGGGAAGCGGAGGGCUGAGAACGUGCGUCUUUCGCCGGUCAAGAAGACGAGAUUCGUCACGGAAAAGGGCAUUCGCGAGGCCGGGAGGGAUAGUCUCGGUGGCGCUGUUUCUAAAGCUGGAAUGAAUGCUGGUGGAGAUAGUGACGACGAUGAUGAAUUGGAGAUUGUUUAA